AUGUCUGCCCCUCCUCAACUGAUCCACAUCAAGCGGAAGCGGGGGGAUGAGGAUGCGCCGGUUACCUACCUUCAGCUUGAGCCGGGAUCCAAAAGGCACUUGGCCGGCAGCAGCUGGGUCUACCAAAGACGACUGGCAAAAGCCACCGCCAGAUCCGCCGCUGCCGCUGCCGCCCAGCAUGCCGCCGCCCACCGCAAGCCCAUCAUCCAGACGUCGAAGCCCGGCGACGAGAUCGCCAAUUCCGAUCGCCCUCCCAAUUCCAGUACCCAUCCCGCAUCGUCGAGCCAUGCGCGAUCCGCGGCGAACGCAGCGGCCGGCGCGCAGUCACCAACACCGCCAGCGGGGGCGCCGUCGCAGCGCCCAACGAACCCUUCCGUCGAGCCGAGACGAUUCCACAUGUCCAGGUCGGCCAUGAGCUCCCCCAGCGGCAGCACGAUACUCAAGGCCGGCGGCGUCUCCAAGCGUGGACGCUACGGGACCGCCGUCUUCGUCGAAAGGGGAAAGAAGAAGAACGCGCGGAGAGCGCUCGACAAGCUCGGUGCGGACGAAAAGGCCGUCGCCCUCGCCACUGGGGGCAUCAACAUCAAAGAGGAAGAUAAACCGGCGCCUAAGAAGCCCCUCGCGAAACGCCCGCCCCGGCCUGUGGCGCCCAACGUCGACGCGGAGCGCAAGCCUAUGCCUAGCACUGCGCCAACCCAGGACCUCACCAAGAUAGCCGCCGACAUGGACCAGUGGGUCCUGCACGAGAUCGGUCUGAAUCUCAAGGCCAUGGAGAACCGGCCCGCGCCGCCCGCCGCCGCGUCGCCGUCCCGCUUCAAGCCCAAGGCCCCGGUCAAGCGCUUCGCCGAGCGGCACCCCGAGCUGGCGAGGGAGCUCGACGGCGCCGACCGGGACGAGGAGAUGGCCGAGGCGACCGGCGGCGACGAAGAGAGCAGCGACGACGACUACGUCAUCGAGGUGUAUGAGCUGGCGCCUCUGGAGCCCGUGCUGGCCGAGAUCCCGCCCGAGGAAAUUGGUGUGCUCCGCUUCGACACGCAGGAGGACAUGGAGCUGUUUUACGGGAACGAGGACGACGAUUCCGACCUCGACGACGACGAGGACGAGAAUGCCGAGAACCACUACACGGCGGAUUACCCCGAGGACGAGGUCGACUCCGAGGACGAGUACGACCGGCACGCCUACCUCUUCCGCAACGCAAACGCCUCGGACGAGGAGGAGUUCGACUUCCGCGACCAGGCCUCAGACGAGGACGACGACGACAAGUACGCCAUGGAGGGCGACGAGAAGCGCGACGAGGACGACGUGUUCCAGGACAAGAUCCGCCGGUAUAUCCGCCAGCACGGCGCCCACUGA